UCAGAUAUGUCACGUGACUAGCAGCGAGAGCCAAAUAGCAACUACAAACAUGGCGGAGUGUGACGGGACAAGUAUAACAUGACACUUCGGAUAUGCAGUAAACAACGGGUUAUAUCGCGUUGUUUUAGGAUACAGUAGCUAGUUAGCUUGUAGAGACAUCAACACUUCAUUAUGAAUCGCUACCAACUGACGAAACAGCUGGGCGACGGCACGUACGGUAGCGUGCUGCUUGCCACCCACAUCGAGACGGGGGAGAAAGUAGCUGUCAAGAAGAUGAAGAAGAAAUACUACUCCUGGGAUGAAUGCCUCAGUCUGAGGGAGGUCAAGUCUCUCCGUAAAUUGAACCAUCCCAACAUAGUGAAGCUGAAGGAGGUGAUUCGGGAGAAUGAUAUGCUGUACUUCGUGUUUGAGUUCAUGAAGGAGAACCUAUACCAGAUGAUGAAAGACAGGGAAAAGUUACUUCCUGGAUCUGUGGUGCGAAACAUCAUCUACCAAGUUCUACAGGGAUUAGCAUACAUGCACAAACAGGGAUUUUUCCAUCGUGACUUAAAACCUGAAAACUUGCUGUGUGCGGGCCCAGAGUUAGUAAAGAUCGCCGACUUUGGUCUAGCUCGUGAGACUCGAUCUCGUCCCCCAUACACAGACUAUGUGUCCACACGAUGGUACCGGGCCCCAGAGGUGUUGCUCCGCUCAACCAACUACAGCUCCCCCAUCGACAUCUGGGCCCUCGGCUGCAUCAUGGCCGAGCUGUACACCCUCCGACCAUUAUUCCCUGGCAGCUCUGAGAUCGACCAAAUAUUCAAGACCUGCACGUGCCUCGGCACUCCGUCCAAGGAGGAGUGGCCAGAAGGCUACCAGCUGGCCAGUAGCAUGAACUACCGAUUCCCACAGACUGUGCCAGUCAGCCUCAAAUCACUCAUACCAAGUGCCGACAAGGAUGGCCUUGACAUUAUGGCACGCAUGUUAAAGUGGAACCCGUCACAUCGACCCGGGUCAAGUCAGUGUUUGCGGCAUCCCUACUUUCAAGUGGAUCAGACACUGGGUGUGUCCAUGGCUUCAAGCAGGCCGCAGGUAGCAUCCAACCACAGCAGCCACCCAACACAGGCAGCACAUGCACCAGCUUAUGCACCACAACCUGCACCCACUCGCAAGGCCUCAAUAGACACCAUGGGAGGCCCUGGCAUGGGAGGCCCCUCCACCUACAAGGACAAGCCAAUCAAUCCCUCACCGGGCCCCAUUGCUGUGACUGUCCCUCGGAAACAGCCGGAGCGGAAACGCUGGGGCACAACCAACAUAUCAGAGAAGUGGGACGACUGGGAUGACCUUGACUUCUCCCUGCCCAGCAAGAAGCCGAUUGCAGCCGUCAAACCAAAGUACAAGGAGCCUGAAAAGGCCAAUGAUGAUUUUGACGAUGAUUUUCUUAAUUCUAUCUUGAGUAAGUCCCCCAGCAAACCAGCUGUGCCAACUGCGGGUCGACGGAUGAACUCUGGAAGGUCGUCAGCGCGGUCUGCCAAACAGCACUACUUGAGCUCCUCACGCUAUCAUCCUGGUUUAAAUCCCCUAAACAGUGGCAUGAAGCGAAAUCCCCUGGGAGCGAUCUCCCGUCCCAAUCUAGACAGUGGAUUGAGGAACUUCAACACCCCAGCCAGCAAGGACUCAGGAGGAGGCUACAUGCCAUCAUUUGGUCUGUCUAAUAAACCAAGCUAUGCAGGCAGCAACAUGAGCUGGAAGAGAGCCCAGCCAGGCCCCCUCAGUAACAACCCAGGGUCCAACAUGCGACAACCCCUGGCUGGACCGGUGCCUGGACGCACAGACUGGGCUGCUAAAUACUUGAAAUCCUGAAGUCAUCUUUUCAAGGGGAGAUAAUCUCACAUCUGUUGUCGAAGAUUUGAUGGGAGAUGUUUUCAUUGUGACUGUGAUAAAUUUUCUUUUUGUGACUUGUGGACUUUCUAAGCCAUGUCAUGGACAACUUGGGAUGACGAGACGGUCAUCAGUGUAAUGUCAUCCUUGCUCCAGCGUAUUGACAGCCUUGUGUAUUUUCUGUCUCAGGGGCACAUAUUGUUAGUAGGGUGAGGCAUGCCUUGUAUCAUUGUAUGUCACCACAUUGUUAACAGUCAGGAGGGAGGGGACAGGAGGGGGUCGGGACCUUUUUGUUUAGGGCAAUCAGAGUAAGUGAACCAUGUUCGGGGUAGGCUAUGGAUCACCAUCCUAGUUCAUUUAUUGGUAUUUAAUGCACUCAUUUAUCCCAUAUUAAACAUUUAGGUUUUAAAUAUAUGCCCAAAUAGCAUUCAUUUAUAGAAGUAGAUGUACUGGUGUUAAUUGUAAAUCAAAGAAAUUGCACUAUUUUAAUGUAUCUAUUCCAUACAGAUAGGCUGUGGAAAUGUCACCUUCAAUAUACAUAUUUUUAAUAUCUUCCACAUUCACAAGUUAAUAGUUGUCAGCCAAAGAUAGAAGAGUUUUCUCCCUUUACUCAGGUCCCCCAAGGCCACAUCUGUUUCACCUCAUUGUAAUCAUUAAUCUAUCACCAUGUUAUAUAGUAAUCAAAAUCAUAAGUGCAUAAUUUAUUUUCAUAGUGUAUGUGUUUGUGGUUUUCCUUCUCUAAUUUCUCUAAUUAAUACUGCCUUUCCCGGCAUUAUGCCAACAUGAUCUGUUUAACCAUCAAUAACUGGUUGUGAAACAUAUCUAUGAAAGAACACCAGACAAGUCUCACGGACAUGUGCUAGUCGCAACACCCAGCUUUAGAUAUUCUCAUUGAAUAUUUGUUUACCAUAGAAACUCUGCAGUCAUCAAAUACAUAGCUAAAACGUUUAAAACAUUAUAUUUUUUAUUAUGUGUUUUAUUAGAUAACAUCUUAUAAUCAGUUAAUCUUGAUAUUGCUUUAUUUGAUCAAUAGAUAACAAAAUAUAUGUUUUUUUGUUGAUUGCCAUUUUAUUGUAUAUAACCUGUGUGUAUCCUACAUGUGUUGUGGGGAGUGCACAGUUUACUGUGUAGAUGGUCAUCACAGUUUGUUGAAGGGGGUGGGGAUUGUCUGAUUCAGGCGAUAGGUACAUUACCUGUGGGGUGUGAGGAUGGAAUGAGAUGUAAAGGCACUACAGCUGUCAUAACCCUAUGUUAAAUAUAGGAGUUGCGAUCAUCUUAGCACUAAGACUGCUUUGUGGAACAGGCCCUGGACAGCAGGUGUGCUUCAUCAUAUACUGAGGCAAGAGGAUAGCUCAUGUGUCACUGUAACUGGGUGUGAAGUAGCUAAUGUAUCGUUCUUGCAUUAGCUGAUGUCUCCUUGUAACGGAAGUUAUGUAGUAGCUGAUGUCUCAUUGUUGCACAAUGAUGCUGCAGCUGCUGACGUCCUAGUGUAACAAAGGUGAUGCAGUGGCUGAUGUCUCAUUGUACAAUGCAGUGCUUGACGUCUCAUUGCAACACCUCCACAUCCACCUGACACAGAGUAAUGCUCACAGUUGUUUCAGUGAGUGAGUAUUUCUUUUUGCCGCAUCACAAUUCUGUCUGUAUUCGCGGUGAGUUGUUACAGUGCUGUCUUCUGUAUAAUCAUGUUAUAUAUAUAUUAUAUAUAUGUGGGAUGUCAUCCAGGUGCAGCCAUACAGUCAGUUAACAUGUCAGUCAGACAUUUAGUCCCUGAAGCAACUUGUUCUGGCGGUAUUACUGGUGCUGGUUCAUUCACACAUGCACAUGCACACAUAAUAAACAUGUCCCCAAUACAAA